UUUAAGAUACUCGAGUAUACCUUCGCAACGUAUGUCAACGACACAUCUCACCGAUAUCUUUCGGACGGUCUGCCUGUCGUUGAUCUGUGGCACGGUCGACGUGGUUGAUUGUAAACAAUGGCUGCAACGCAACUAAGCAGGGCUCGAACCAUCAAGAAAGUCGAAAAACCUCGACCACUUAAACUCAAUCAACGCCACUCGACCGUCGAUGGGCGGAUUACGACUGUGGAGGACAUAGUAUCCUUAAUCGACAACGUUGCAAUGCAACUAACCAAUGGCUUCCAUGAGCGAACGCUGCAAAUGAAUGUGGUUACAAUGUAUAAUCAUCUAAAACUUUAUGCCCAUCAAUUAGAAGCUAUUUAUAAAGAUCAGCUGGACAGAGCUUUUGUGGCAAUCAGAAAUGGAAGUCAGGACGAAAAAUUAGAUCUGACGACUAGGGUUCACCUGCUGGAGCUUAUAGAGUUGAGAGCUAAGCAAUGGCGUCACAAUGAUUCUAUGGAUGUGUAUUACACACAGAAAUUAUCACAUUUGGAUAAUGCAGAAGUGAUUCCCGAUACACCCACGAAUGCAUUGUCAUCUCCUUUGGCAGCAAUGACUUCACCCACUGUGCCAUCAAUUUUGGGACCAGGUGAAGUGAUAAAAAACAGCGGCAAAUUUGUUAAGCCCACACGUAUUCCUGGAAAAAACUACUGCAAAGAUGAAGUUGUUAUACGUAACAGUGAUUCUGGCAAAGUGAUGGGAAUAAAAGGGCGGCGGGUUCACAUGAUCGAAGAGCUCAGCCAGACAAUCAUCUCCUUCCAGCGAGUAAACCCUGGAGCCAAAGAACGACUUGUCCAGAUCACGGGUACUUCCGAGGACAAGAUACAUUAUGCGAAGGACUUGAUAAAAGAUACGAUUCAACGAAAUGCAUCGCCGGUGAGAUUGGAGCAAGGUGGAGGAGAAAAAGGAGCUAUGGGUGGUUCUAGUUCCUCGUUAAAUAGCAGUGCGUCGGAUGAAAGUAAUCGGUUGCAACAUCAGCAACAAAAUUCUCGUCUACGUUCGCUCCUCCACAGCUUCUCCACCAACGACGCCAGUAUAGGCGAAUAUAAAUAUACGGUUACAGUUGGUAAUCAAUCUCUGAAGAUCACAGGAUGCAAUCUGGAUCUUGUCAGGACUGCCAAGUUAGUCCUAGAUGAAUACUUCGUGGGAGAUUCUGAGAAUUUCACAAGUGGUAUAGAAUACUUCAAUUUUGAAGAAGAAUCUCCUUAUUCGGUCUCGUCUUCCAACAUACCAAAAACACCGUUAACUCCAAGUAGUACCAAUGAAAUAGGCCGAGAACUAAGUAUGGAUAGCACUGCAACUUCAGAAAGUGAAGAGACUUACAAACCCCGUAUAAUUUCUGAAGUAAAUCCUUCAACUCAGGAAGUUCCAGAAGUCAGAGAACUCACGUACGAGUUUUUGUUGUUGUGUUCAACAGGCCCUUAUGCCAAGCGGCCGCCUGCGGAUUGGGCUCGAAUUCAAAAGGAGUGUCCCAACAUUAUUCGCAAGCAUGCUGCUUGUAACAACAUACCGAGGCACCGAUUCGCUGGUUCGAACCGGAGGCAUAUAAAGCUAAGGUAGCAGCUGCUGGUCUUAUUACAGUAUUGCCUGUCGGAGAAGGGGAAACUGAUCCGGAAUGAAAUCGAGAAAUUAUUCUUUUCAAACGUCGUGAAAUCGUAUGUAUUAGUAGUAAUCUUUACAUCGAUCUUUUAUCUCGAUGUAUUGUGAUACAUUUUCCAAAAAACCUCAGUAUAAGAUUUGUUCUUAAAUGGACAAGUAUACACACGCAUCGAUACAUAUAUACACAAUAUUUCAUGAGUCUAGCAAUAUGUAUUGCUCAAUUCAAUUAUAGCAAUACGAAGUCUCUAAUAUAAAUAUCGAGAUAAGCGAUAAUAUUUAUAAAUUUGUGCGUGUUCAAAUCGAAAUCUUCUUUGAAUAAUUGUAAUAUUUUUUGAAGCAUUUAUGCUUUUCUAUCGCACUUCUACGCAGCUAUUGAAGAGGUUUCGUUGUACGCUGCUACCUAAUUUUUAUUUAAUUGAAUGCGUGAGCUACGGCGAAUAUUUUUUACCGUAUACACGGUAUCCGGCAUACCAAAUGUACGUACCAUUUUACGUAUCAUAGCAAAUUAAUUAUUGACUUUUAUUAUUAUCGAGAAUAUUCGACAGUUCAUUUAAACACUUGUGAAAGACAGUAAACAGUUUUUACGAUGUUAUCAUGAUAGAUUAAAUCACGGUAUACGAUGAAGUUCAAUUUGUGAAAAUUAUGUAUAAAGUAUGUUCAGCAUUUUUAUCGAUAAUUUUCAAUGUAAACUAAAUGGCUUAGGUAUAGAAUUUGAAUGAGUAAGAAAAUAACUAAAUAAACAAAUUAAUGGCAUUGGUUCUACAGUAAAAGUAAAACUGAUCGUUUUAGAAUCUAAUUUGGAUAAGUAUUGGAGAAAUGCAUCUUUACGUGCGUAAUAGACGUAACAAAGUAAUGGAACGAACAGUGAUUUAGCAUAGUCUAGUCUACCUAUUUAAAGUAGGCACUACCAUUUUGGUAAUUUCUCUGCUGUGAAAUAAUAACCAAAAAAAAAAGGUUUCAUUUAAUCUCGAGGUUUUAUAUUUUAUACACUUAAACGGAGGUGUUAUGUGCAGUAUGCAAUAUUAAUUGUAUGAAAAAAUGAAAACAGAAAUGUCUCUUACUUUUAGUUGCUUUUUUUUAUACAAUUGAUGUGGAGCAUUAAUUUUUAAUGUUGCACAUAUAUUUAAAAAAAAAAACUUGUUUUAGUAAUAUGAUUGAUUCAUGGUUGUAUUGUUGUCAGUUUUCUAUUAGAGACAAAAAUUUUAUUUAAAGAAAGUAUUUUUCUAUUCUACUACUAUUUCUUUGUUUUUAAAUAAGCUUACGAUAUUUAUUGAAAACGUUUCGCUAGCCAGAACAUAAUAACUUGCACAUGUAGUUUUACAUUUUUGUAAGUAUGUUCUACUAUAAUUAUUUUUGUCAUGUUAUUUAAAUUUUUUAUUUUUAUUUAUUGUUUGAACUUUACAAGGUUGUGUUUGCAUGUUUUUCAUUGUUUUCUGGCUUGAAACUUUUUGUCGAAAGAAAAAAUGUUUUGUUUAUUUAAUUUGGGACUAAAUCGCAAAAACUGCACGCAUAUGGGACGUUAUGUUUGUAAGUUUUUACAUCGUUUAAUAUUUAUUACAAAAUUUACACGAUUAUUUGAAUUAAAUUAUUAGUAAUUUAUUUCUAUUAUCACUAACUGCAGUAAUAUAUUAUAUUAUUGUACUUUGCUCUUUAGUAAUAAAUCAAUAAAAAUAAGAACGUC